UGUUUCUGUCCAGCAUGCAAUGAAGCAAUAGGGGCCGUAUCUGCAACCAAACUCAUCGAUGUCACUAUGGCAGCGCUCUUCAGAUUAGGUUUCUUGCCAGUCCGAAUAAGCCCACAGCUUGCUGUGUGCAGUGCAUUACAGUCAAUCUCUUCAGCACAGAUUCGAAGCCACAGAACGUGUUCCAGCACAAGGAAGAAUCUUUGUCAUUCAGCACCAGAGUUGAGAGAUGUAUACACUGAAUUAAGACAUAGGUCACCAGCACAAACGCAGUUCUUGAGGUCACUGCACAUCUCACACAAACGUUGUGCAACAAAGGGUGAAUUUCGACCCUCAGAGGAGGAAGUUGGAACUUUUACCAAAAUAAUUGAAGCAAUCGGGUUCACUGGACCAUUGAAGUAUAAUAAAUGGAAAAUUAAAAUUGCUGCCUUGCGCAUGUAUACAUGCUGUGUGGACAGAAUAGAUUAUGAUGAGUUCUUUGAAAAAUGUAGUCUACCUGAUACACUAAAUUCCUGGUUCCUUGUGACGCAGUUACAUGUGUGGAUGUGCCUGGUACGAAUGAAGCAGGAAGGACGCUCUGGGAAAUAUAUGUGUCGAUAUGUUGUUCAUUCUAUGUGGGAAGAUGUACAGCAGCGUGGGAAAGUAAUGGGAAUUGAUUCUGUGACUCUUAAGAACAGUAUGAGAGCUUUAACCGAAGUUUUCUAUGCUGCUAUCUUUGGAUAUGAUGAGGGAAUUAUUUCUGAUGACAGAGUUUUGGCAGCAUCGUUGUGGAGAAAUCUUUUUAACCAGCAAUGUGAGGAUCCUCGGAAGUUGGAACUGAUGGUGGAGUAUGUACGGAAACAGAUUCAAUAUCUAGAUUCACUAAACGGAGAAGAUCUGCUGCUGACUGGUGAAGUAGCUUGGCGUCCCCUGGUGGAGAGUGAUCCUCAAAGCAUCUUGAAGCCAUCAGCCCCAACCUAUAAUGACGAGGGACUUUAAAUUAAUUCCACAAUGUCGAAGGAGACCUG